GCAGCGAGUAACAGAGUCGAUCGUGUGCCCAACAGCAGCAUAAUAGCAAGCAAGAAAAAUUUUCAACAUUUUUACGCAAGAGAGAACGAUUUUGUACAAGUAAAUUUUGUUUUUACUUCAAUGCGACAAAUGUGAAGUGUUUUUUUUUUUAACGAAUGCUGUGGCAAAAAAAAGUGUGUAUGAAUUUUCUUUUUUUUUUUUGAUUUUGAGGCAAGCAGCUUACACAAAUAUUUUGGCACGAGAGUGAACCCCAAGACUGCGACGUAGUCAUAUACCAAUUCACUUUACGAAACGCCCCCAGACGCCGCAUCACAAGGAUCCCCCUCUCUAAGAGUAACAAGAUAGAACCAACAACAUCCAUGUAUGUCUCCACAUUGAGGGGCAUUUGAAUGAAAAAAACCGAGAGAGAAAAAAAAACGAAAAACCCAAGCAAAAAAAACUGCAAAGUCAAAAGUUCGCUCUCCCCCUUGACUGGCAAAAGCAACAUCAACACGAAACUGAAAAAGUUUUUUUGUUUCUUUUAUGUUGUUUCGGUGUUAUUUUUUGUCUUCUCUGAGAGCCCCUCACUCAGCUAGCCAACCAGCCCAGCCGCCCUGUGUGUGAGUCGUAAUCGUUAACGCCGUCGUCGUCGGCGUCGUCGUUGUCCGUCGUUGUGUACCGAGCAACAAAAACAGCUCUCGUUAGUUUAUUUAUUCAACGACCACAACCGUGUGUGAACAUUAUUUUUCGAAACGCGCAACACAUAACAACACCACCAAACAACACUACCACUUACUACUACUACUCCUCCCAAAAACAACGCGCACGCCGAACCGCAAAAACUCUUCCAUCUCCAAGUUAUAUGGAAGUGUAAGAAAAUAUAACAACAACAAAUCGAAAACCUGGCUGUAUCGAGGAGGAAAUCGUAACGAGUUCAAGAAAAGAACUUUUGCGAUUUUUUCUUUUUGGGGACUUUUGAACUGGCUUGUACGGACUGAAACGUGUACCGCCGCCAUAGCCGCCAAACAAAAAUCAACCAAACCGACCGAUGAAAAACACAAGAGCAACACCCCGCAACGGCAAAAUCUAGUUUAUUUAAAGAAAAAAAAAAGAAAAACAAAAGCAAAGUAUUCUGCAAAAAAAGAAGCAAACAAAAACAAAAAGGUGAAAAAGAAAACACAACAACAAUUCGAACGAACGUGUAAGAAUUAGAUAAAUAGAAAAAAAACGCGAAUAUCUUAACCUAAGCAAAAAUAUUUAAAAACAAUAUUUGUGCCGCUGUCUCCGUCGCCGUCGCAGCCGCUAUAGAAAAAUCCAACAACAAUAAGAAAUCAAGUGAAAAAAAUCGAAUUAUUACCAAAAACGAACCUACAUAAAUGUAAAAGUGUAAACCAAACAACAUCUACAACAACAACAACAACAAAGAAAAAAUACGAAUAUAAAGUAACAAAUCGACAAUUUUGCAAAGUAGCAACAGAAAAAAAGAAGAGUAUAUAAAAAAAGUUUCCCAACAAAGAAAAAAGCAUAAAAAUUUAAGUGUUUUUUUUUUCAAAUAUAAAAAAUAAUAACAACAACAUCAAUAAAUAACGCAUAAAAGGAAAACUUCCCAACACCCAUUCAUCAAGGAAAAAACAAAACUCCAAAAAAUGUCCAGAAUUUAUACAACAUCACAGAGUCGCCUUUGCGAGUUAACUUCAGUCAUGUUCAAGAUUUUAAUCUUCAGCCUGGUGUGCCUUAGCCAAACAACUUUGGCUUAUGGCCGCAAACAUUCACCUUUAAUUGUGGACGAAGCCGAUGGCAAUCGAAGGAACAAUCGACCAGCGGUAUCCGAAUGCCAAUUUGGCAAAACUUUACGAGAAUUAGGCUCGACCUGGUAUGCUGAUUUGGGACCACCGUUUGGCGUCAUGUAUUGCAUAAAAUGCGAAUGUGUGGCGGUUCCCAAAAAACGCCGCAUUGUGGCUCGCGUUCAAUGUCGAAAUAUUAAAAACGAAUGCCCCCCAGCCUUGUGCGAUGAUCCUGUCUUGUUGCCCGGUAAAUGUUGCAAAACAUGUCCCGGUGAUAAAAAUGACACUAUGGCCUUAGAUGUACCGGCACAUGUCGAAGAAGAGGAGCGCAAUAUGAAACAUUUCGCUGCUCUCCUCACAGGUCGCACUUCGCAUUUUCUGAAAGGUGAAGAAAUGAAAUCCAUGUACACCACUCACAAUCCCCACAACAUUGUGGCCACUGGCCGCUUCAUGUUCCACAAAAAGAAUCUUUACUAUUCCUUCUAUACCUCGUCCAAGGUCAAUCGUCCACGUGCCAUACAAUUUGUCGAUGACUCGGGCACUAUUUUGGAAGAACAUCAAUUGCAAUUGCCCGCCGGUCCCCAAUCGAUCUAUCAAAAUGUCACUGGCAAAAUCUGUGGUGUAUGGCGUCGUGUACCGCGUGAUUAUAAGCGUCUAUUGCGUGAUGAGCGCCUGCAUGUGGUGCUGCUCUGGGGUGGCAACAAAUUCCAAACCGAAUUGGCUUUGGCCGGCAGAAUUGGCAAAUACACCGCCUUGCAAUCGGAAUUGUUUAGUGCCCUAAUGGAGCCUGCUCCUGGUUCGAAAUCGGAUAUAAUGUCUGGUUCCGGUGGCACCGCCAUUGUCUCCACCAGCAGUGGUGCUGCUUCCUCCAUGCAUUUGACUUUGGUCUUCAAUGGAGUCUUCUCGCCCGAUGAUUAUGUUGACUCUCCCGUCAGCAUUCGCAUUGAAUCACCUGAUCGCCGCGAAGUGGUUCUAGAUGAGGUGCAGAAGGUGCGCAAACCCUCUUCGGAGGUAAAUGUCCUGGAAAUAUCUUCUCCCAUUUCCAUACAGAACUUGCGUUUGAUGUCGCGUGGCAAAUUGCUUUUAAGCGUCGAAUCGAAGAAGAACCCCAAUUUACGCAUACAAGGACACAUUGUUACCCGUACCACCUGCGAGAUUUUCCAAACCCUUUUGGCCCCCCACAAUGUGGAGGCCAAAACCCGGAGCAGUGGUUUAGCCUGGGUAUUUUUGAACACAGAUGGCUCCUUGUCCUACAACAUUGAGACUGACCAGGUAAAUGCCAGAGAUCAUCCUGAGAUCAGUUUGAUAGAGGAUAUGGGCAAGCGCAAAGCCGUCUUGGAGGACUUGACACCCAGCUUCAACUUCAAUCAAGCCAUUGGCUCUGUGGACAAACUGGGCCCCAAGGUGGUCGAGUCUUUGUAUGCGGGCGAUUUGGGUAUCAACAUUGCGGUGGAACAUGAAACCAGCCUGAUAAGAGGCCGUUUGGUGCCCCGACCUGUGGCAGAUGCCCGCGAUUCAGCCGAACCCAUACUGUUGAAACGUUCUGAGAUGUCUACCAUUGCCCCCCAUCACGCCAUGGGCAUGGCUUGGCUAUCCAUAGACAAUGAAUGCAAUCUGCACUAUGAACUAACCCUGAGUGGCUUCCAGCCCCAUGUGCAGGAUUUGCAAAUCUUUUUGGAAGAGAAACCCAUUGAGGCCAUAGGUGCUCCAGUCACUCGCAAACUUUUGGAAGAAUUUUCCGGCUCCUACAUGGAGGGCUUUGUUUUGGGCAUGCCCUCCAAUGAACUGGUAAAGCUGGAAUCAAGUGUCUGCUACUUGGAAGUGCAUUCCAAGGAGAAGAAUGAAUUGCUGCUGCGCGGCAAGUUGAAGUCGACAAAAGUCCCAGCCCAUUGCUUCCCCAUAUACACGGACAACAAUGUGCCCAAUGUUUACCUGCCCGGCGAUCGUAAUGAUGACCUUUUAAUAACGGCCGACACCAAAUGUUAUCACUCGGGGCGUUUUUACGAUGAAACCGAACAAUGGCGCAGCACGGAAGAUACCUGCCAGAUGUGUGCCUGCCAGCGGGGUCAUGCUACUUGCGAGCCCAUCAAAUGUCCUGUGGUGCACUGCAAACUGAAUGAAGAGCUGAUCCAGGAAGAAGGUGAAUGCUGUGCAAUGUGUGUGCCACAAAGUCUCAAUGGCAAGGAGGUGGCAGUAGCCGCAGGCCUUAGCGAAGCGGCAGGCGGAGCAGAGCAUAAUAAACGUGGUUGUCGCCUAGGCGAUCAAUUCCAUGUGGCUGGGGCCACCUGGCAUCCCUUCCUGCCGCCCAAUGGCUUCGAUACCUGCACCACCUGUACUUGUGAUGCCUUGACUUUGGAAAUCAGAUGUCCCCGCAUGGUUUGCCCCCCCUUGCAGUGCAAGGAAAAGGAAGCCUAUCGUCCAGACAAGAAGGCGUGUUGCAAAGUUUGCCCCGAAGGCAAAAUGUCCAGCAGCAGAGUAGACAAAAUGGGUCCCUCCAAUCCCAAUGUUUUGCAAGAUCAGGCCUCGCUCAAACCCAAUGUGAGAACCAGUGAAGAGAUCCUAUCACAAGGAGGCUGCAAGGUGGUCAACAAGCUCUAUGAAAAUGGCCAAGAAUGGCAUCCUGUUUUGGCCUCGCAUGGGGAGCAAAAAUGCAUCAAAUGCAGGUGCAAGGACUCCAAGGUCAAUUGUGAUCGCAAACGUUGCUCACGAUCCACCUGCCAGCAGGCCAGAGUCUCAUCGAAACGCAAAAUCUAUGAGAAACCAGGCUCCGAGCCUGCAGUGGACGAGUGUUGCUCCACCCAAUGCAAAAGGCCAAGGAGACAUCACCGAAGAACCCAGCAGCAGCAGCAACAGGGCGAACAACAACAGACAAACAAACGCGGUGUCAGCAGCUGAAUCCUUUUCUACUCUCAGGCAAAAUAAAAAAGCUCUAAUAUAAUUUGUAGAGAGGCUGAGUAUGAGAGUACCUAUGCUAGCAAUAGAGAAAACAAUCACAUCAACAAACCAAGCAACCAAUACACCGAGAGAAGACACACCAACAGUUCUUACUUAGCAGAGAGAAGGAAGGAAAAGCUCGAAUGCCGAAGAAAAUUCGAAUGAAACUUGAUCUUCGAUUUUCUUUGCCAUCAAAACAAAAAAGAAGAAAGCCCAGCAAACAAUUUUCUAAACCAACCACCAACCAAACAACCCAGCACCAACACUGAGAGAAAUCCUAAUUGCAGAACAGCUUAUUUGCAAGCAACAACUGAAACCCCGAGAAAAGCUUUAGUUUUACAGAGAGAGAGAGAGAGAAAAAGCUUAAAUGUAUUACAAAGAAAACAAAACAAAAAAAAACCAACACUACUAUAAAAUGCAAAAAAACGAGAGUACACUUACAAAAAAUACCAGUGCAGUAGACGAUAAACUAUACAAAAAAAAAUAUUAUUUAUUUCUUCUUGUUUUUGUUUUACAAAAGAAAAAAAAAUUCAAAAUCCUUCUCUCACUUUAUCUCACUCUCUCUCUCUCUCGCUCUGCCUCCUUCAUGCUUUACAUGUCAUAGAAAAGUUUCAAUGUCUUUGUGAGUACGGCUAUUGCAGUUGUUUAGUCACCGAGAAAGUGUUGCGAGAGAGAGAGAGGGAGAGCGCGCGAUGCAGAGAAUGAUAAAAUGAGAGAUGAUGGUGUAGACGAGUAACGCAAGAGAAUGGUAGAUAAGGCGAAGAAAAAUAAUAUUUUUGCAAAUAUUUAUAGAAACACAUCCCAAAAGUUUCGACUGAUUGACUGAAUGGCAACUUUAGUUUUAAGGCUUAAGAAAUAUACAUACAUACAUGCAUACAUACAUACAUACAUUGAUGAAUAAUACAUGCAUACAUGCUAUAUGCAUACAUACAUACAUACUUUAUUAUUAUGAAAUGAAGAAAAGAAAAAUAUUUUACUUAAAUACA